GUCUGUAUUGCGACGUGUUGUGGAACACGCCUUUGCUCAGCAAAACAGUGAUGGCUCAAAGAAUGUUGAUGUUGCGCAGUUUUUAAAGAAUUGUACCUCAUCAAAGCAAAACUUUGCCUUCUACGUAACAUUUAAAAGCCGCUAAUAUGUCUCCGGAACUUUUUAACUAUUAAUUGUAGCUCAGUAUCAGAGCAACAUGGCAAGCACACUUGUUUUAGAUAGUGUGGAGGACAAAAACCCUGACAAUGCUCUAAUUGUUCUGAUAAAUAGUGAUGGAACUGUUACUGUUGAUCCACAAGUGCUUAAAUCCGUGCUUGAGAACAAACAAGAUGCUACAGUUAGUGUUGUCAGGGUUGGGAAGCCAAUACCAAGAGACUCUGGGAUUGACUCAGAUAUUGGAGAUGUUAGUCAGGUGAAUUUGACCGUGGAGGGAUUCUACUCGCCAUCUGCUGCCACCUCCCAAGAUCUUAUUGAUUGUUUAACAAAUGGUGAUGAUGAAGAAGAUGAUAUUGAUAUCAGUUCUUUAAAUAUAGUAGAUCCUGCUUCGGAUGCCAUUCACAUAGAUCAUUGUUACACAAACAAGUUAAGUAACCGGCAGAUCCUUCAAUUAUCUGUGGGAGAUUUGAAGGCUGACCUUCAGGCUCAAUUGGAAGAGCCAGAUGGUUUGGAAAACUGUCCUGUGUUUCGUCAAGAUGGAGCUACACGAGGGAAGCUCAAGUUCCGCACCUUGCGCGGUGGCAAAAAGCAGGAUCUUAGUGGCAGACGCAGUGUUGUUGUUUCCAAUGAUUCAUUGGAGACAAGUGCAACAACUUUGCAGCAUCUCGUUUUGAAACCUCCACCCAAUAGCCCGGCAUCGGCGACUCUGGUUCCGCUGGUAAAACCACUGGUGCUGAAGCAGCAUAUUGUGAGUUCUUCAAACAGCCUGAAGUUGAGCUCUCCACAGUCAAGUCUACCCCAAAACAAGGGGCAAGUGAAAGUUUUGGUGCAAUCUGCAACUGGUGUUCCUGGAAGUGGAGUGGUCCUGACUCGGUUGACACCGCUAAAUGCACAUCCCCCAACAGUUUCUGGAUUUGAAAAUGGUCAGAUUCAGCAGCAGCAACAGCAACAGCAGCAGCAGCAUGUCCUCCACAUCAGUCAGGAUGGACAAGUUGUUCACCAGCCUCCACAGCAGAAAGUCAUGGUGGUUCAGAAUGACUCAGCAUCUUUAUCAUCCUACCCAUCAGCUAUUGAAAAUAUUCCGUCACCUAUUGUGAAACGCGGGGGGAUCACAUAUGUUGCUGCAAGAUCUCGAGGUGGAAUCAGGGGCCGCGGUGGCUUAAGAGCACGGGGUGGCAGAGGUAGAGGUCUGUUAUCACGGGGUGGACGAGGUGGUUUAAGAAUCAACCCGGAACCAUUGGAUCAGGCCAUGGAAGAUGCCUUGAGUGCUAUGAUAUCUCCAGAAAAAGAGGAGGCUACCUCACCAUUAGAUUCACCAACACAUAUUAAGAAACUUAAGAUAAAACUAAUGAAAAACAAACCUGAGGAAACUUCAUUCAGUCCAGUAAAGUCACCGAGAACUUACAGCAAAAAAAUUCAUACAGCUGCAGUUUCACCAUCGCCUGAAUCUGGAAUAGAUGAUAGUAUGAUGAAACGACCAAUUAAAAAACUUACAGCUGUGCCGCCGUCAACCACUUCCUCCCAAGAAUCGCCUCAACCUUCUACGUCAACACAUUCCCCUGCAUCAAUUGAUGCACCUGCUGUUGCUACACCCUCCUUGACAACUGUUGGAGUGUCGUCUCCAGUUGGCAUUGGUUCUGCAUCCUCCAAGAAGUAUCCGAGGAGAGAGAAUCGCAAACCACCUGCCCACCUUUCUGAAGGAUUUGGGGCUGAUUUACUGUUUUCAGCUCCUGAUAUUAUUAAGAGAGUAGUGAAAGCUCCAUCAAGCCCAGCCUCUCUUCCUCAAGCAAGUCCCUCAGAGCCUCAAGCAAGAACAAGUGAUGUGGGUAUUGUGGCAGACCCAAGUGUUACCAGUGGAGAAUCACAACAACCUCAAUCGGGAAAAAUGGAUUUAUUGGGAAUUGAAUCAACCCUGGAUGACCAGACAAUUCUUGAUACCAUCCAGAAUCAAGUAUCAAAGUCAGAGGAAGAGCUUCUAGCAGAUGCACUGCUUUUAGAGGAUUUAGAAAGCAGCAUACCAGCCCUGGAGUUGAUGCUGGGUGAAACCGAGAACGCCAUGGAAACUGGACACAUUUUACAGGAUGAGCCAUUGGAUCAACAACCAGCUUCUGCAAUAACCACAGAACAAAUUCCCGUACCUGAAGCCCCAUUAGUUACGGAAGCCAGUCUCAUGACGGCUAAUGUCACUACUACUGCCAGUGUUGAAACCAAAGAUGAGGAUAUGAAGGAAGAUCUGCGCCAUACUCCUAUGGAAGAGCAGCCAGCAGACUCAGCUGUGACUAAGGCGGAGACACCAAGGAGACGCAGCUCAGUAGAAAAAGCAGAAAGCGGUAGUAAUAGUAAAAGAAGGAAAUCCACUGAUAAGUCAUCUAAAAGCCCACGGCGAAAGUCAGGAGAAAUGUCAGCCAAUGAUUCUAGUGAUAAAUCUUCUGAGAAAAAAAGGAGACGGUCUUCAUCUAUUAAAGCCCUUCUGGAGGAUGAUGUGGCAUCUGAGGUAUCUGAGGAAGAAGGAGAAGUUGAUGGUGACAGUGCUGCCCUGAGAAGUGAUGAUGAGAGCUGGAACUCUGAAGACGACCCUGAUAGAUUGUGGUGCAUUUGCCAGAAGCCUCAUAACAACAGGUUCAUGAUCUGUUGCGACGAAUGUGAGGAAUGGUUUCAUGGACACUGCGUGGGAAUUACGAAAGCGAUGGGAUCUCGCUUACCUGAAUGGACGUGCCCAAAAUGUAGAGGAGAGCCGAUGGAUGAUAAAAAACCAUUAUCUCCUCCUGGUGCUAGAUCUGUGAGGAAAAGCUCUGGGUCGGAUUCUGCAACACCUUCCAGAACUGUGUCCGGGAACAAAAUAAAACAACUUUCUAUCAAGGCUCUACUACCCUCAACUAAAUCAAGUGAACACAUCGACUCAAGAGAACCGAGUUCCCCCAGCAAAUCAAUUAAAACUUCCAAAGAUUCACAAGGUAAAAUAGGAAGCAAGUCUCCUCUGAAAUCAGCAUUGAUGAAGGAAAGUUCCAAGUCUUCUAAAGAAUCUUCACUGCAUCAGAAGCCUGCUUUGUCUAAAGAAACGUCCAAAGCUACCAAAGAAUCCUCUAAAAACCUUAAGGAAGGUGGACUGAAACAGCCUUCCCUUAAGCAAACUAAAAUACCUAAAGAAUUAGCUGAGAAAUGUCUCCAGCCUGGUCAAAUUGUCUGUAUCAGAUGUCGCAAAGCUGCUUCUAAAACUGGCCAGCUGUAUUGCAGUGAUACCUGCAUAAAUCUUUAUGCAGAGGAAACACUCAAAACAUUGACAAAACCUGGUGAACAAGCUAAAGCUGAUCUUCACAUAACUGUCAUUGAGAAGAAGACUGGAAGAAUAUUUGCAAGUUCAAAUGGCCCACUUGCUGCUGAUUUGGCCAAAUGGCUUGUAAUGAACCCUACUUUUGAAGUUGUUACUCCCUUGCCCAAGCCAAAUUCCAAGUCAUCAAACAUGUCCUCUGGGGGUACUCCUUCAACGCCUGCAAAUUCGGCUGCCACAACUCCAUCAGUCACCCCGCAUCGUUCACACAGUUCAAGCAAGGAAAAGGAUAAAGAGAGGGUAAAAAUAAGUAAGCGUGCUACGAGUGCUUCUGCACUCCGGGCUCAGCAAGCAGCCUUGGAGGAGCAGCAUAAUCUUGAGCAAAGCAAGGUUGCUGCAGUCAAUGCAGAAAUUCCUUCCAAACUAGCCAAAUCAAAACUAAGCUUUCAGCUUCCUAAGUCGCAAGGUCUACAGGGACCUCUCGGUAAAGCACAGUCUGGAAAAUCUGAUACACCGCAUAAAGGUGCAAGCAAAAGUAGUGCUUUGAAACUACUGAAGCAAUCUACUUUAGUAUUUACCCCUGACGCUGUGACAAUUAGUCCUAGCACCUCAAGUCAAUCAGCUUCAAAACCUCAGACUCCUCAGCUCCAGCGACAACCCUCCCAGAAAAAUGAAACUCCUAAAACACCAAAUACUCCAACUUCCGUGGCAUCUUCCCAAUCCAGUAAAGCAACUUCGUCCUCCAAGAAACCAGAGAGAAAAUCCAGCACAGGAGAUUCUGGAAGCCGAAAGAGUAGCAUAGAUGAUACGCCUAAAGAUAAGGAUAGAGAGAGAGACCGGGACAAGGGUGAACCUAUUCGACACACAGUUAGCAAAACUCUCCAGGAAGCUUUAUCAAAUCGUUUGAAAGACUGCAAAGAUAUUAGCCCCAGUGAGGAUGCUCUUCAGAAGAUAGCAAUCUCAAUUGAAGAAGAGAUGUUCUCUCUUUUCAAGGAUACCGGCAUGAAGUAUAAAGCAAAGUAUCGAUCACUAGUCUUCAACAUACGGGAUCCCAAAAACCCUUCCCUCUUCAGAAGAAUAGCCGAUGGAUCACUGUCUCCUAGUGAAUUAGUGCGAUUCUCAGCUGAGGAGUUGGCUUCUCAAGAACUGGCUAAGUGGCGUGAGCAGCAAGCUCAACAUCAGUUAGAAAUGAUCCGAAAGAGUGAAUUAGAUUUAUUACAGAUGGCUAAAUCAGUUGUCAUGAAGACACACAAAGGAGAACAGGAAAUCGAAACAGAGUCGUCAGAAAAUGUUCCUGAAAUUGAUCCCAAUACAACUGUCACCGAUCUGGUUUCUGCUCUUAAUGAUUCAGUUACAUCUACGACUUUAGAAGAAACAGAAAAAAUGGAACAGGGAGAAUUAACUAGGAAGGAACGUGAGUUAGAGCGUAGGCAAAGAGAGAAAGAGAAACAGCGUAAGGAUGAUGAUGACCCUGAGUAUUUGAGAAGUUCACAUCACAAACACAAGGACAAAGAUAAGCACAGAAGUCAUAAACAUCAUAGUAAAAAAACGAAAAGUAAGGAUCGCGAAAGGAGUCAUGAUCGAGACUCUAAGAAAGAAGGAAGGAGAAGUCGCAGCAGGAGCAGGAAAGACUCCAAAACAAAGAAUAAUGAAAGAAGUCAAAGAGGAAGUCAAGACCAUAGUACAAGCAGUACUAGUAGUAAGAAACUAACUGAUCUCAAAACAGAAGAGUAUGACCCCUAUGUGCCUGAGUUUGUUACUUUUGAGUCAAAGAAAGAGGAAGUUGAUGUGUCAGACCACGAACCAACUUCCACAGUGAUAAUUAAGACUCCAGAGAUAGGCCUAGAAGAAAGUACAUGGGCAGAUGAUCCAAAAACUGUGUGGCGUGGUUCUAUUCAUAUGAAUGAUGUUGCUAAAUUCCCAAGUGCCUUGCAAACUGUUUCUGGAGAUACCCAAGAUCUUGGUAAAGAGUUAUCUAGUGUUAUAUUUUGUGUGGGUCGUAUUCCGACCCAACUGGCAUGGGACUACAUUGCCAAAAUCAAGAAGACAAAGGACUUAGCUGUCUUACGCUGUUUAAGCUCAGAGAGCAAUGAAGAUGAAAGGGAAGCUUACAUGAAACUCUACAGUUAUUUGAGUAAUCGCAACCGCUUAGCAGUUGUAAAAUCUCCAUCAGCCAAUGUCAAAGACUUUUACAUACUACCUCUGGACAAGGAUGCUCCUGUUCCUGCUGUAUUAACCCCUCUUGACUGUCCCGGCUUUAAUGAAAAUAGACCUCAUCUCUUACUUGCCAUUGUUGUAUGGGCAAGAAGAAAGCGAACUGCCAGUGAAGCCAGUUUGACACCAUUGGCACCAAAAGGGACCCCUCUGUCUGCCAAAGUUUCAAAACUGGUUUUAGAUCAAAACCGACAUACUUCAGAUCCCAGCAAACUACCUUCAGACCCUAUUAAAGUAGUAUCUGUGACACCCUCCAUUAAAUCCUCUCUCUUAGCCUCUGAUGCUAAGGAAAGAAGCUAUACACCACCACUUCAAACCAGCAAACGAAGCCAUACACCUCCUGGAUCACCAAGUCUUUCUCCAAAAGUCAAUAUUCCAUUACUUGGUGACCUGGAAGAUGACAAUGCCCCAUAUUCCCCAGGAGAUGGAGAGAGUGAUGAAGAAACUGAACGUCAAAGAGCGGAGCUAGAUCGAAAAAUUUAUGAAGAAACCCAACGAAUUAAAUCCUUGGAGAGUGUCCUUAGAGAGAGUCGGACCCCAGCACUCAAAGAAGACAGUGAGGAAGACGACUCAAAGCCCUACAGCCCGUCCAGAUCCUUCACUCCACCAAGCUCUCCUCCCCCGCCUCAUCUAUUGAGCACUAAAUCAUUACUGAAAUCUGACAAAUCAUUGAUGAAGGUGGACCCUAUCAUACAGAACUAUGCAGGCUUAGGUGACUCUCCCGACGUUGACGAGGGCCCAUCGUUCGUCCCCACCGGUUGCAGCUCCUCUUUCUUUGCCACGCCCAUGACAAGCAGCAAGUCGUCGCCUCCUUCUAGACCAUCUACUCCUCCUAUAUCGAGGAGAGAAAGAAAGUUCUCCAAGAGCGCAAUGACUAGUUUUCUGAGCGAUGACCUCUCACAGCAUUCGGACGCAGCGGACACUUCAGACGCCACUCCGUUCUCCCAGUCUAGAUUGGCGGGCAGCGAGUUCAUCCCAGGUCUUGGCGAGUCAUCUUCGGAAGCGCCCCAGCCGUCGGACUCGGACGACUCUCAGGAGCCUCUGCCAGACAUGUCUCAACCACCCCCUGCAGUCGGGCCUGAGCCCCAGGCCUUACCCUCGGCCGUGCCCGAGCUGCUGGCGGAGCCUCUGCCGGAUCUAUCACAGCCACCACCGAGCAUGCUUCGGCCGCCGCUUCUGGGCCAGUUUAUCAACUCCGUGACCCCUCUGCCACUGCCAUUGCCGCUCACCCCUUCUCACAUGAACCCUCCGGCACCAGCCUUCGCCACGCCCUCCCCGGCGCACAUGAACCCACCCCCUCCUAACGUCCCGUCGCCGGCGCACAUGAACCCACCCCCACCCGGGACACACUCUCCACCGGCCCGUCUUCCAGACAUGUCUCAGCCCCCACCCCCGCCCGGAACGGGUAUCGCCCACCUACCCGACAUGUCGCUCCCACCGCCAAGCAUCGCUCAGCCCUCACCCAAGCCUUCACCCAAGCCCUCACCCAAACCUGCACCUAAGCCUUCGCCUUCGCUGCUGCAGCCACCUCCACCAGGCAUGGAGGAUGACCCAUCGUUCUGCAACGAGAUGGACCUGGAACCUCUAUGUGGGUACCCUUCUACCCACCCCAGCGCGGGAUCGGGAGCGGGGGCGGGCGCCUCUGCCGCUCCCCUGCCCCCCGACCUACCGGAGGACAGGCCGCCUGAGCCCGCGACCCCGCCGCCGCCGCCACCCGACACGCCACCGCCGCGCCCGCGCAGAGAGUCACCGCCCCUGGCCCGGAACCCUUCUCCUCCAGCACAUCUGUUCCGAAACAGGUCGCCAUCUUUGUCACCUCCACCAAGACGAUCCAGGUCGCCUAGGUCUCGAUCAGCGUCGCCCUCCGCUUCAGACUCAUCAUCGUCGCGGUCGGCCUCCUCGCGCUCCGCCUCUUCCGGCUCUGACUCGUCGCGCCAACGCUCGCGCACUCCAAGGAGUCCGCGGACACCACGAAGUCCCAGAACUCCCAGAACUCCCAGGAGCCCCAGAAGCCCGAGGACCCCACGCAGCCCGCGGAGUCCACGGAGUCCACGAAGCCCACGAAGCCCACGAAGCCCACGAAGCCCACCGCCGUCUUCACGUGUGCGGUCGAGGUCGAGGUCGAGGUCUCUGCGGUCGCGCUCGCGUUCCCGCUCGCGGUCACUGUCGCCGCAUACCUCGAGGCUGGCGCGUCCGCCCACCCCUCCGCGCCGCAAGCGUCGUCACUCUUCACCCGGCGACCUGGACGAGGCAAGCAGCAGCAGGAAAGGCGCCGUGGCGCGCUGGAAGGACCGGCCGCCGUCGCCCACCGAGGGCUACUACAAAGACAAGCCCUUCAAGAGGCGCUCGCGCAGCAGGAGCCGCAGCUCGCGCAGCAGGAGUAGAAGUCGCAGCAGGUCUCGCAGCCGAAGUAGGAGCCGCAGCAGGUCUCGCAGCAGGAGCCGCAGCUACCGCAGCAGAUCGCGAAGCAGGAGUCGCUCGUAUGACAGGAGCCCCAAGCGUGGUCGCGACAGAGACAGAGAAAGGGGCCGUGGUGGCAGGGACCACCGGGGCCGCGACUACCGGGACUACAGGGAGCGUGACAGGGACCGCUGGGAACCGCGAGAGUACCCGCACGCUGGAGGCCACCCAGGUCACCCAGGCCCACAUCCUGGCCAUCCUAGAGGACACCCUCACCCAGGCAUGCACCCAGGGAUGCGCGGACGGGGCCGAGGUGGUUGGGACCGCGGCAGAGGCAGAGGAGGAUUUCCUGGCCGCGGCGGCUUCUUCCCCAGAGGACGUGGCGGUCACUUCAGAGGUCGCGGUGGCCCAGGCUACGGACCAGGACCAGGACACGGCCCCGGCCCUGGUCACGGACCUGGUCACGGACCUGGCCACGGACCUGGCCACGGUCCUGGUCACGGCCCGGGUCACGGGCCUGGCGGGCCUCCUCCACACCACACGCACCAUGGCGGGGACGCCCACGAUAACUAUGAAGGCGAUAUCCGUAACUUUGAAGAGAAACAGAGAGAAAGGGCUAUGAAAAUCAAACGAAAGGAAAUGAAGAACAAAAAGUCUUGGGAAUGAAUGAUGUCUGGUUAACCGUUCUGUUCUUGUAUUUCCAGUUCCUACCUAUAUUAUGUCUUUUGGGGCAUGGAUCAAUUUGUCUAUAUUAAUUCUCUACCUAUCAUUGAAAAAUUUCCAUUAGUUUGCUUUCUCACCUGGAUUUGUCUAUAGGCAACUGAAUGAUGUGCAAUAAUUUUCUUACUGUAGCAUUCCCCCCUGUUCUCAAGGAAUCAUGGCCCAACUGCAUUUUAUCAGAAAUGUAAACUAUUUGUAUGGUAUUGAUUUUACAGCAAUUUUUAUGUACCUCACUAGGGCAUGUUGUCCAUGUUUAAUUAUAUUUGUUGUGUUAAUUCUCCUAGUCUUUCUCGUCUAAUCUUCAAUUGGAUGUAUGUAUUCCUCAGCGUAGAUUUUUUUUUUUUUUUACUGGGAAAGUAUCAUUGUGCACGUGUUGUGUGUGCUGCUGUUGUUUAUGUGAGUUGAUGUUACUCACUGACUGCUUCCAUUUCACUAGCUUCCUCUUUUAUAUCAGAUUGUUAAGAGUUUUGGGUUGUAUUUUAUUUUCUAGUGUUAACACUUUUAUUAGCAUACUUUGGCCCCCUUUUGUGAAUGGAGGAAUUUGUAGUUGGUCGGCUGUCUCCUAGCACGAGCCUACUUUCUAUGUACGUGCAACAAAAAGCAGUAGACUAUUUUCUUCAGAUGCACAUACAUUCUUAUUUUAAAAAUAUAACAAUUCAACAUUUAUUAGACUAAUUUAAAAGUUGAAUCUCAAUAGUAAAAAUGGUCAUACUUCACAUGUUGUAGGGGAACAUACCUGUUUGGAGACGCACCACUCAAUGCCUCAAUUUUUUCAGUCUGUGGGUAGUUGACAAGGAGCUUUAACAAUUCAGUAUGCCAUCCCAGUUUUGAAAUUUAGGAAAUCAUCAGUAUAACUUACCUAUUUGUUAAUUUGAAAUUAGCUAUUUUGUUCAUAGCUAUGCAAUAUAUAUAAACUUACUCUAGAAGAUACAGUUCAUUGAAUGAACUUAUGAUUUGUUUUUCAAGGACUCAGAAUUAUUUCAUUCCUUAGUAGGCUAGUACCUGUGAGUAUGAAUGACUGUGUGUAGAUAUUAGUAAUGUUAUUUACCAGUGUAUCAUGUGUAUGUAUGUAAAAUGUGUAUACUGGCCGUGAAUGAAAUUUUCAAAUGUGAUAUGUAAGGAGGUGAUUCUGAGUCUCCCUAUCAAUUCUUUGUUAUUUUCCUUGACUUUUUAGAGCACUUUGUCGUUGUUUGAUAUGAGUGGGCAAUCUUGUGUAAAAAAAAAAAAAAAAGAAAGAAAAGAUUGAAAAUGUACAUAAAAUUUAGAUUGUAUAGAAGGAUAUUGCCCUGUAAAAUGAAAUCAGAGAGGAUCGAAUAGAGUACCAGUUUUAAUUGCCACAUUAACUACAAGCUUUUGUGCUCUUCCGUUUUGUUGAUCUCCAGUGUUUUUUAUGUAAUAAAGCAUAAUCAUCUGCUUUUCAAUUCAUGUUGUAUCAAUGUGAUAAUCUCUACUCAUCCUUCCUCCCCAAAGGCUUGACUACUGCUGGCAUAUUUAUGUCUUAUUCUUAUUUGAAGUAUUCGUGUAUAUAAUAGAUAUUUCAAAUGGCA